AUGUCGGCUGAUGCCGACGAGGAUGGAACGAGGAGCAAGCUGAAACGGGUGGCCAGGGCCUGCGAUAUGUGUCGACGCAAGAAACGUCGUUGUGGCGGUGGCGAUCUUUGUGGACAUUGCAAGAAGCACGACUUUGUUUGCACCUAUCUUGACCAGCCAUUCGAUGGUCAGCAAGAUCCGCGACCCUCCGCUGCCUACGUUGCUGCACUUGAAGCCCGCCUCGAGACCGUAGAGGACUUGUUGCGCCAAGCAAGGGCUGCGAAAAGUCCGGGUGUCCAACUCAUCAACAACGCCAUCCAACGACUCAAUAAUCCGUUUCCGGAGCCACAUUCCGAUGAUUUGGCAUUCACGCAAAUCGAAGAAAGCUUUAAGGCACUUUCUAUCGACCAUCCCGCAGCCCAGGGCUUCCAGGGCAAGUCGAGCGGGGGAAUGCUUGUCAAAGCUGCCGUGGAUCUUUGGAAGAAAGAUGGCACGUUACCCUCGAGCAGUCCGGAGCUUGAUAAAAGGUGGGAGAACACUCAAGACACCCCUCCAAACUACUCCUUCCCGGACGAAGAUCUGCUGGAAACCCUCAUUGCCCUUUACUUCGACAAUGUCAAUGCCUUUCUCCCACUCUUGCACCGACCCACUUUUCAAGCGGAGGUCACACAGAAACUCCAUUUGCGACAUGGCGGGUUCGCCAAGACCGUUCUGCUCGUUUGCGCUGUUGCAGCACGAUACUCGACGGACCGGGUAUCCUUGACCAAUGUGGAUGUUUCCCCAGCUGAGACUGCUGGUUGGAAAUGGUUUGACCAAGUCCAACUUACGGAACAUUUGGUCCACAAGACCCCUACCUUGCACGAUUUACAGUGUUAUUGCCUAGCAGCCGAAUUUCUGGACUGUACAUCGACUCCGCGCGUAACCUGGACAUUGGUUGGGUUUGGGGUCAGACUCAGCCAAGACAUGGGGGCUCAUAGGUACAAGAAGCACGAACGCCGGCAUCAAUUCGAACAAGAGUUGGAAAAGCGGGCAUCGUGGAUCUUGUUUCUGUUCGAGUCCCAAAUCAGCACCGCGCUUGGGAGAACAUUUGCAUUGCAGUCCCACGAUUUUGAUAUCCAACUUCCUAUCCUCUGCGACGAUGAAUAUUGGGGUAGCGCAGACGAGUCUUCGGCUCCAUUGUUUCGCCAGCCAACGCAACAGCCAUCGCGCAUUGACUAUUUCGUGUUCAUGCUGCAGCUCAAUCGGAUACUGUCCUUCAGCUGCAAGAUUCUGUACUCAUCAAAUCGAAGCAAAUCUCUCAUUGGACUUGGGGAUGACCAAUGGGAAGAACAAGUCGUCGUCGAACUUGACUCGGCCCUCAAUAGAUGGUUCGAAGCACUUCCACCACACCUACAGUGGAACCCCGAUAGCCUCCUUGAAGACGACAUCUUCUUCGACCAGUCGGCAGCCUUGCAUUGCAGCUACUAUCACACACGGAUCGUUAUUCAUCGGCCAUUCAUACCCGCGAUGCGACGAGAAUCCAAUCCUGCUCAUCUCCCUUCGCUCGCUAUCUGUAACACUGCAGCGCGAGCGUGCAGUCACGUAGCGCAGAUCCAACAGAAACGUCGUCCCAACAACCCGAUCUGGUUCAGCCAGACACCUUUGUUUACCGCAGGAAUCGUUUUGCUUCUGAAUAUCUGGGGUGGUGGCCGAUCGAAAGCUGCUGAAACAGACAUGGCCGAUGUCCUGCGAUGCCUGUCUGUGUUGGAAAUGCAGAAACAAAUAUGGCCAUCUGCGGGGGCAUUAUUAAGCACUCUUAGACAGCUGCUUGCUGUCGACCAUCCUCUGACUCAAGUGCCUGACGAAAGUUCACCAUCGUCAGCACCCUCAAUUGAUGAGAUUCCGAGUCCGGCAGUCCAUCCCGACGUAGCUUCUUUCCCGUCCUAUGCUUCCCAAUCUUCAGCAGACUCAUUCGGUUUUUACGCACCGCCAUAUGAUCCUCAGCUCGAGACUGCGCCGCCAGAACUAUUCUUCCUUGACGGUUAUCGGAGCAAUGCGGCGAACACGGGUGAAAGUCCAUGGGACAGCGUGCAGAAAAGAAUUGGGGUCAGCAACGAGCACUAUUAUCAGCUGGAAACGACAAUGGAGGUUGACAGUCAGUCAACCAUCGCAUUAUGGGAACGUGCGCCUGUUGGAUUUGGGGUUGCUGACUGGGAUACGUACCUCGGGGAAUUCGUGGAGGAGGUCCCUCUUGGGUCUGGUGUAUAUUAACUCGCAAUUUCGCUUCAAAUACUGUAUCUACUGUACUCAUUCCGCAAACGAAGAGUUUUACCAA